GUAGCCGCUCCACUCUCUGCCUUGUGGUCGUGGAAAGAGGAUCCCCUUCCUGGCUGUCCCUUUGGAGCUGCGCUUUUGACCUGGAGGCUUGGGGCUGAGCCCCCCACCUGCCCUCUAUCCCUGUCUCUGAACAGGCUGCUGGCCAGGGAGCUGCUGCACGGGGUCAGAUUGCUGGACCACUGCUGGCUCGGUCUGGUGACACUGGUGGCUACAGACUGUCCAGCCCAGGACAGCCCCUCUUUGACCUCGUGUCUUGGAGAAGCAGCCCCAUGAAGGUGGCCAGCCAUGCAAUGCUCCUGGAAGGCCGUCCUCCUCCUGGCCCUGGCCUCCAUCGCCAUCCAGUACACGGCCAUCCGCACUUUCACCGCCAAGUCCUUCCACACCUGCCCUGGGCUGGCCGAGGCUGGGGUGGCCGAGCGGCUGUGUGAGGAGGGCCCCACCUUCGCCUAUAACCUCUCUCGGAAGACCCACAUCCUCAUCCUGGCCACCACGCGCAGCGGCUCAUCCUUCGUGGGCCAGCUCUUCAACCAGCACCUGGACGUCUUCUACCUGUUUGAGCCCCUCUACCACGUCCAGAACACGCUCAUCCCCCGCUUCACCCAGGGCAAGAGCCCGGCUGACCGGCGGGUCAUGCUGGGUGCCAGCCGCGACCUCCUGCGCAGCCUCUAUGACUGUGACCUCUACUUCUUGGAGAACUACAUCAAGCCGCCCCCUGUCAACCACACCACUGACAGGAUCUUCCGCCGAGGGGCCAGCAGGGUCCUCUGCUCCCGGCCGGUGUGCGACCCCCCAGGGAACCCCGACCUUGUCUUGGAAGAGGGGGACUGCGUGCGCAAGUGCGGCCUGCUGAACUUGACCAUGGCUGCCGAGGCCUGUCGUGAGCGCAGCCACGUGGCCAUCAAAACAGUGCGGGUGCCCGAGGUGAGUGACCUUCGGGCUCUGGUCGAAGACCCCCGCUUGAACCUCAAGGUCAUCCAGCUCGUCCGAGACCCCCGCGGCAUUCUGGCUUCCCGCAGCGAGACCUUCCGUGACACGUACCGGCUGUGGCGACUCUGGUACGGUACAGGGAGGAAGCCCUACAACCUGGACGUGACACAGCUGACCACGGUGUGCGAGGACUUCUCCAACUCCGUGUCCACCGGCCUCACACGGCCCCCGUGGCUCAAGGGCAAGUACAUGCUGGUGCGCUACGAGGACCUGGCCAGGAACCCCAUGAAGAAGACCGAGGAGAUCUAUGGGUUCUUAGGGAUCCCUCUGGACGGCCACGUGGCCCGCUGGAUCCAGAACAACACACGGGGUGACCCCACCCUGGGCAAGCACAAGUAUGGCACCGUGCGGAACUCGGCGGCCACAGCCGAGAAGUGGCGCUUCCGGCUCUCCUAUGACAUCGUGGCCUUCGCCCAGAAUGCCUGUCAGCAGGUGCUGGCCCAGCUGGGCUACAAGAUGGCCCGGUCGGAGGAGGAGCUGAAGAACCCCUCCAUCAGCCUGGUGGAGGAGCGGGACUUCCGCCCCUUCUCGUGACGUGGGCGUGCGGUGGGGUGGGGCGCAGGGUCAGUUUGAUGACAUGGACCAUUUCUAACUGUUGCCUUAUCCCCCCCCACCUCUGCCCCAUGCCAUCUGGUCUUUGUGUCCUCCCUGUCCCUGCCUGCCCUCCCCCCUCCUGCCUCUUUUUGUGUCUGAAAUUUGCACUACGUCUUGGAGGGGAAUCCCUGGGGCAGAGGGCUCGAGAAGUGGGGGUCGCCUCCCCACCCCCACCCCGUGCAGACACGCAGAUGUUGGGUCUCUCGGUGGACCGUGACGAUGUUUACAAGCACCCCGCUCACACAUUCACACACACACAUGGGCACUGGCGGGGAGAGGCACCCCUGGCCCCUGACCUCCAAGCUUUUGGGACAGAGGAGUGUGGGGCGUGGUGGUUUUGUACUGUCUUGUUAUUUCUGCAGGGGAAGGGGAUGGAAGAGAAGGGUGCCUCUCACUGACAUAGGAAAGGGGUCUCUCCCUCCCCGCUCCCUGCUUCCUGCCCCUGGCAUCCAUCUUCUCCCUUAGAGCAGAGAUGCCACCCCCCUGCCACCUUGCUUGUCAGGGAGCAGGUUCUAACUGUGAGGUGAAUGUGGGCCUUGUUGACCUUCUCCAGUCUGUGGUGAUGCUGUCUGUCUGUCUGUCUGUCUGAGUCUUGUGGGUGCCCCUGGACCGGCGAUGAUGGAUGAGUCUUCUUAUUAUGAGUUUCUGGUUGCCCUUGGGGUCCAUCUGUGUAAUUUCUUUGUGCCAAAAAGAAAAAAAAAAAAAGAGAGUGGAUCAGUUUGCUAAAUGAACAAUGAAAUGCUUUACCUGUGUUUUCUGUAAAUAAAAGUGUGCAAUAGUA